AGUCGACCGAGGUAGAUGUGUAUCGUUGCUCUUGGUUCGGACGCGUGAUAAACAACGUGUACGAAAGCGAGACGCGAUCGGUAUAUAAACAGAAACAUCAUUCGAGUAACAGUCUGUCGAACAGAAUAUUUCGCAUGUAACGAAGUUUUCCAACUUUGUCCUCGCGUGUUGUGUUUCGUUUUGUUUUAUUCGUUCUAUACUACUGCGUGUGUUCCCUUCGAAUUGAAACUCGGUUAAUCGACCGUGCUACUGGAACAAUCCCUUUCCCUUUCGUCUCGGGAAGAAGGGAUAUCGCCUUUAUUCGUCCAGGAGGGAUGAAAGAGAAAGAAAGUACAGGGAGGUCAGCCCGGAAGGAGUUGAUUGUGGAUUGCUUUCUUCCUGUCGAGUUCGCGAUCGCCGUCUUCACGAAGGACUCUCCGUCCGACGAAUAAAUCAGUUCGAAUAAAAGGAAGGAAUUGAAAUUUCGAUAAAAAUGUCUCGUCACGAUGACCUUUCGCGAUUCAAAGGUAGCCUCGAUCGAGGGAAAUGACGAUUUAUCGUUUCGUUCGACUGUCAAUGGCCAAGUGGAACGUUCGAUCGCUUGAUAAUUCGAUUGGUCAACCAGGAACGACGUUAAUUAUGGUUCGGUACGAGCGUUCGAUCGCUGCUACAGCGACGGAUCGUCUAACGAGGGUGAAGAAAGCUCGUUGGGCGAAAAAACGAACGGCGUAGAGAUCGGAAAUCGGCAUCAGCUAAUUGGAUAGCCCUGAUUUAAAGGCAAUUCUGAAGCGAGUGACGUUGACACGUUGAAACGCUUUCAUUUCCAUCGAAGAAAGAUCGUUUUACCAGACGCUGGGAUAACGUGGGACCAUUAGAAGCAUCGAAAUGAAGCUGGGCGAUAAUAUGACUAUGGAAGCGUACAAUAUAUGGGGAGAUGUCCCUCCGCGGAAGUGUCGUCCACCAAAGAUCGGCGAUAUACCAAAACACAGCGCGAUCGACGAAGAAUCGCCAGGGUGCAUUUCAAAGUCACUCACAGCUCCCGCAGAUUCGAGAGACUUAAAUUUAUCUCUGGACACUUCCGGGAACAUAGUCUUUCCAUUAGACUCGGGCACGUCUGCCGAGCAGUUCGGUCAGCUUCGAAAAAUCGAAGGGAAAUCUAAAAGCAGCAAAGAAGCUCUUCGAUUUCGCUAUUCGACCGUAGCGGAGUCUCAACCUUUGAAUCUCCCUAUCAAAAGCCGGGAUUCCAAGUAUUUCGUCCAGGAGGAUCUAACCAGGAAGUCGCCAAGCCCGAAAGACCAAGAGCCAGACAGACCUAUCGAUUUCGAGGGCAAAGCGAGUAUUAAAUUACCCGUUGUCAAAGAAUCGACGCUCCUAAAGUUCAGUAAUCGCGAGGAUUCAACCAGGAUUCCGUCCAGCCCUGAAGACAACUCGGACCAGGAGAUCGUCGAGGUUCGCAAGGACAGCGCCCUGUUCUUAGAGGAAGCGGAAGGACUACCCGCUCUCCGGGAGAUCCUGAGGGCCAGGGCACCUAGGAUCAUCAGACCAAGAAGAGAGAGCAGCGGAUACGCGAGUAACCUGGGCACCUUCGACGAGGACAGAAGGAACUCGUCGUCCGUAGACGUUCUCCAAGACUUGUCUUCGUUUCUGAAGGAGCGAAGGAGAUCAUCCGCGGGUCCGAAACGCUUGAACUCUAGGGUGAUCAUUGGGAGAGCCGAGGAGAGCCUAACCGAGGAAGUGGUGGACUGUGAAAGGAUGCCUACCACGGAGAUCCACAGGAAGGCGUCCGGCGCGGGACUCGAAAUGCCGAACAUCGAAGAGGCGAAGGAAAUCCCUAGGGAUGAAAUGCACUCCAGACAAGAAAGUUCGGAUAACCUGUACGGUCUAAACGACCUAACCGAAGACGUAUCGAUAUCGAGGCACCAGGAUGUGUCUUCGAGUAUCUUCGACGUUUCCUCUCUCAGCCAAUCGAUCAGUCACCUCUCGACAUCUCCAUCGAGAACUGCGUCUAAUCAGCAGGUUCAUCGAUUACUAUCCUCGUCCCUAUCGAGCAGCAAACUCUCCGAUAAACCUGAUCAGUCUAUCGAUCGAUCAAAAGUGAUCGCUAUCGAACAGCACAGACCUAUCGGUACCGAUAUCGAAGAUAAAUCAAUCCGCGAACCUCCGACGCAUCGAACCAAAGAAAAAUCUAUCCAGAAACAGGACCUUCAGUUGAGUGUCCUUCCUCGAUCGAUCAAAAUGUAUCGGUUAAUGUCUACUCAAUCCGAAGACAGGAUCGAUUGCGAAUUGCAAUUGAACAGGAGGAUAUCCUUUCAGAUGAGCAAGCAGAACGACGUAACAGCAUCGUCUAAAGACCCUAGGGAUUUGUCUUCAAGAUCGCCGAAUCGAUCUACGAAUGUCUCGAUGUUGAAAAGUAGCGUGUCCAGCGAUAUCCAAGCGUUGGCAUCGACGGAAGUCGGCGAGGAUUCAUCCAUCAGGACUGUUUGCUCGUCCGGUGAGGUGGGCACGAGUCAGAGAUACCUUGGGGACACAUCCAACGUGACAGUGAGACCCAUUUAUCCUUACUGUCCGUAUUCGCCGUAUGGUAGCCCACAGGGAUCACCCCGAAACAGAAGGAGACCCCUCAGGGAGAGUAGAAGGGUCUCCAUUGAUAAUAGGCAAGGAGCUUUACAGCUGAACCAGUAUAAGCUGUUGGAUAACAUUGGACAGGGUUCCUAUGGGAUCGUAAAGCUGGCUUACAACGAGGAGGACGAUACCCACUACGCGAUGAAGAUUCUCAGUAAGAAGAAGCUGAUGAAGAAAGCUGGAAUAUUUGGUAGAAUGGCACCUGGUAGGAAGGGUGCCGCUAACCCUUUGGCGAAGGUCUACAGGGAAAUUGCUUUGCUGAAGAAAUUGGAUCACCCUAAUGUCGUGAAGCUGGUGGAGGUGCUCGACGACCCGGACGAAGACAAUCUUUACCUUGUUUUCGAACUAGUCCAGAGGGGUGAAAUUCUACAGAUACCCGCUGAUAAACCCCUGGACGAAGAAACAGCUAGGAAGAAAUUUCGCGACGUUGUCAUGGGGGUGGAAUAUCUACACUACCAGAGGAUUGUUCAUCGGGAUAUAAAACCGAGUAACUUGUUGGUGGACAGCGACGGUCGCAUUAAGAUCGCCGACCUGGGCGUCAGCGCGGAACUGAGAGCUUCCGGUGAAUUGUUAUCCGGGCCAGCUGGUACCCCGGCAUUCGCGGCACCCGAAACGACCACACCUGGCGCCCAUUAUUCCGGAACUCCGUGCGAUAUCUGGUCGAUGGGUGCGACGCUGUACUCCCUAGUGACCGGAAGGGUGCCAUGGGACGGUGCCGGAAGUAUAAUCGGCGUGCAAGCGGCAGUUCGUACGGAACCAUUGAAAUUUCCUGAGAAACCCGUACUCUCUAAGAAUCUUCGCGAAUUGAUCUCAAAAAUGUUAGACAAAGAUCCUGAGAAAAGGAUCAGCUUGUCAGAGGUGAAGGAACACCCAUGGCUGACCAACGACGGUGCUGAACCACUGCCGAGCGAGGCUGAUAAUUGCCGGCUUCCGGUCACUGUUACCGACGAGGAAGUCGAACGUGUCGUCACGAGGAUACCAAAGCUGGACACUCUGAUCCUCAUCAAAACUAUGCUGAAGCAGCACAGCUUUCAAAAUCCUUUUCUGUCGAAGAAGAGCGGGAAAACAGCGUGCGUCGAUACCCCGACUGAUAGCAUCGAAUUAUCCCCCUCGGGGAGGUCGGACGAGAACGGGGCAUCCAGAGAGAGGAUCAGGAACUCGAAGACGGAACGAUUUCACAGGACAGGCAGAAGCAAUUCCGCUCCGGAUUCUUAUGACUGGCAAACAAACGGCAGACAAAUAUCCAUAGACACUCCUCUACCACCGGUCACGGAGGCGUCCCAUCAAGAAGCGGAAAUCGAGAAACGGUGAUACUAUUGAGAAACUCGGAUGAAUACAGAAAGAACAACGAGCAAUACGAUUGCUCGACACGGUAUGAGCCGAAUUCGUAAUCGAUAAUCCGACAGGUGUAAUCAAUUUUUGCAACGCUCGGGGAAGAAAUCGUGGGUCCGGAAAUCAAGGCAUUAACGAAUUUUAAUUUUAAUUUAUUCAGUUUCAAUUUCGUACAAGAAUUUUUAUAAAAUGUGCACAGAUUUUCGUGAAUGUUCGAGACUACCGAAUGAUAAUCGUCGUUAAAUCACACACGCGGAAUAAUUUUUCAUGCUGGUGUCGUGCGAUAAUUACCAUGUCGUGUUUCUAACUGACAUGCGAUCUGAUUGCGCGCCUCGCUGUUGAAAAUUCGACUUUGUACGCGUCGCCAGCUAUUUCCACGAUUACCGAGACUCGAAGGUAACGAAUUUUACAGAAGUUUUUUGAAUGUCAGCGGAGGUUUUCGAGUGAAAUCGUUUCGGUGAAACGAGAAACAGCUGUAAAAAGUAAUUUAAUGUACAUUCUGAAGAUGGUUUAGAUAGGAUAAAGACACUUUCGAUCGUGCUAGUUAAUCCUUUUACACUUUAUUUUUCGAGAAGACUUCAUUUUCCAUGAAGUUUCUGCGAAAAAUAAAAUUUAGAAAUAAUUGACAGGGCAUUCGAAAGUCGACUGGAAUUACCGGUACGGCAUUUUACUUACGAAUUUUAGCGUAAAUUAGCGAUAAUUAGAGAUCGAAAGAUCGUAGAUGUAUUUUAUAUGCACUUUAGCGAGUACUUGGUGAAAUAAAAGAGGCUAGAGAAGACAAAGCCUGUUGAGACAACGACGUCGUUUGCAGAAAAAUAUUUAUCGAUUCUUUCUCGAUCAUUCUGUGAUGCGAUCAAACCAACAAUUUCGUACUUUUACAUUAAACAAUGAUAUUUCGUGGGUUUCGCGUGUCCACGUUCUGUAAAUUUUUAUUUAUCAAUCGUUCCAACCUUUAUCGUAAAAAUCCAAACCGAUUCCAAUUUGUAUAAAAAUUAAAAGUCCACUAUUUCAGUUUACUUUUUUCCAAAAGGAAGCUCUCACGUGAUUACGCGUUGCUUUUGAUUCAAUUUACGUUGAAUGAAAGCGUAUUGAAUUCACGCGAAGUAGUUUUAUUUUAAAAUAUUGAAAACAUCAAAGGGUUCUUCGAACGUCAGCAAAAUUGCAAUAUAAAAUCAAAAACUUGACGCUUUGAAAAUUUCCUAAUUUCCAAUUGUAACGAUAAAGGUGUAACUGAUUCCUUUUCAAGAAAUUCUGUUUAAUUUUCAAGCAACUUAAACUUGAUUUCAUAUACGGUUUUUAAGUGGUCCAGAAAGUGGUUCGUCAAAGACGAUCACCGAAUUUAGAUGAUUAUCGUACCGUAUAAAUUUCCAAGACGGUAAUGUAUACAACUUAAAAUGCAUUAACGUCCCACGAAAUUCGCUCAGUUAAUUUCAAGGGAAGUUUACCGUCGCGUUACAAGUAACAAGCUCGUCUUAAAUUCGCUUCGCCAUCUGUAGAAUUGUUUGAACAAAGGAAGCUUUGUUUGAGCUAAAGGAACAGCGGAAACGAAGCCAGUUGUUGAUGUUAAGACUCAGGGAAAAUACAGCUUGUAACAACUCGGGAAAUUUCGAAUCUAAAUGUUUCGAGUAAUUGAAAAUUUCAAGGAGACUAGAAAUUUUCUAUUUGCUUUCAAUCGAGUGAUCGCCUUUCUCGAACCGCGCGAAAUCGAAGCCGCCGACGAAAUCGAGUGGCGUGUACAUAAAAGUAGCAUGUAAUAAAUAUAUAAAAGUUUUAAUUAUUGGUAGAUUUGUUCAGUGCGAAGCACGCGACCAAGCGAACGCAAACCAAAGUUAAAAUUCGUGAUUUCGUUGGACCUUAAUUUAUAUCCGGGGACCAUAAGCGCGUAUUGAAUUUAACCGAUUUUCGUCGAACCUCGCGACCGGAUACGUUCGACGAUCAUAUCACGUCCUGACCUCACGAAUUCCUUUGGAACUGCACAGAAUUACGGGUCCUUACAGGAAACAGAAUAAAAAUAAAAAGCGGACAUCCGAUUUCAAAGGUAUUAAUGAAUGUUUAUUAUCGACUAUCGAUCGGUAAUUGUAAGAAUACUUUUCUGAAAAUCCACAGAUUCUCUAUCGAUGGGUGAUCUUUGAAUUUUUCUCUAACUUCAGCUGAUUAUUUUUACUUCCUGCAUUUGCAAUUAAUUAGCAAAUUCUUCGUGUAGAAUUGCAAAGGUGUUAAAAGAAGUGCCUUUAAUGUUUAACAUUAAAAUUUGUUCAGAAUCCAAGAAUUUCCUGGUGUUCCCUAAUUUAAUUCUCAUUUAAUUGGCAAAGUACAUGAUUGCCUAUUGAUAGAUUAUUUGCGUUUAAUCGUUACGGGUAUGUAUGUUAUAAAAAAGACUAGAAUCUUACAUUUACGAUAUUUCUGAAGGUACAUAAUAUUAUUCCUUUCGAAAUGGCAUAAAAAUCAAUUUUCAGGCACUAUAGCUAUAAUCUUUCUAUCUUGCUGUCUUUCUAUAUUGCUUUCUAUGUAUCAAAGAGUAAGCUUUUCUCGAAUACUUUAACAAGUUUUACUAUCAACUAUCUAAUAGUAACGUUUCUUCUCUAAAAAAUAAAAAUUUCUUCUCUAUUCUUAAAAUCUCAGAGUAUUCUAAGUACUUUUUCGAAUUUUAACACAUAAAAAACUAACUGUAUUUUUGAAAUUUAUGAUGCUCAAAAUGUUCGUAACAUAAUCUAAGGAAUAUGUGCAAAGUUUUUCCUAAUCUCCAAAAAAAAAUAUAUUACGUAUCUCCAGAAGUACUCUUUACAGACUAAAAUUGUGUACAAGGGUGUUCGAAGUAUUAAGUCAUUCCAAAUGUAAAUUUUAUCCAAAGUUAUUUAAUUAUAAAUUUAACAAUAUAUUUUAAUAGGAAAAUUCAAAAUUGUGUCUGACAGACAAAUAGGGUGAACAUUAUAAUAAGACGUAGGUGAAUUUAUGGAAUGACUUAAUGUGAUAAAUCAUUUAUGUACACAAUUAAUAAUGCACCAUUAAUAGUAAUAGGUGUAUCCUCACGUUACGGAAUGCUCUUACGAAAUGCACAAGAUAUUUUGUACCUCGUACUAGAUAUGCACCCUUUUCUUAAUCUACUAGCAAUCAGACGAAUUAUGGAUAAGUUGAUGGGACUUUCGAUUGAUACACUUGUUGAAAUUUGUUCAAAUUCAAUAAAUAAAAAUAAGGGGGGCACAAGGAAGGUAAUAAAAUCUUGAUAAUCUGGGUCUUUUGAAAUGUUAAGUAGGGUAAUUGAGCUAAGAAAGGCAACAAUUGAAUUCAAAAUGCAAGGUGGCAAUGGAAUUUAGACUCCAAAUUUUCCACUCGAACGAUAGAUUGUCCAAGAUUGAUCAAUCGAGGGUCCAUUAUUGAAUGAUUAAUGAAGAAGAGAUCGUCGAAUCGUGAUUGUUAAGAGGUCGUUGACUGGACUAGACGACCAAAAAGUAUGAACCUAAUCAAACUCGAACUGUCGAGUCCAUCUUUCGAAUCGUAAAUUCAUUUUCUCGACAAUCAAAUAAAUAGACAAAAUUUCCUUUAUUAUUUUCACUUCGAAUAAAAGGCAGUCGAAUGAGGUUCCGUUUAAUCCUCUAUACUGCCAAUAUUCUUCGACCAGUGAAGACGAACUUUGAUAAGGAGCGAAGUACUUUCUUGCCCAAUAUUUCACUAAUUAAACUUUGAACACGAACCGUGUACUAUAUGUAAUUCCUCUACUUCUUUUUUUUACAAAUUGUAGAAAUAACUUUUGACUUCUCCCUUCGUCCUCUUGUUGUUUCCAUUCUUGUAAUUUUAUUCGACAGUUGUAGAGUGUCCUUUUAUCAAUAAUAAUGAUCUUUACAAAGUAA